UCACUUGUUUACCAACUUGAGCAUAAUUAUGGGUUGCAAGUAUCCGAGCGAAUCUCGGUUGCUGAGCAAGUAGCUAUCUUUCUCUGAAUAAUGGGCCAACGAGCUAAUAAUAGAAAUGCCCAAGAACGUUUUCAACAUUCAGGGGAGACUAUAUCAAGGCAGUUCCAUAAUGUGCUAAACGCCCUCAAUGCCAUGGCUAUUGAUUGGGUUAGACCAUGGCCUCAACAAGGAGUGCAUAGCAAAAUAGCUAACAAUCCAAGAUAUUAUCCACAUUUCAAGGACUGCAUUGGGGCUAUUGAUGGCACUCACAUAAAAGCCCACCCACCUACGGACGACCCUAUACAGAAAUGGAUUGGUCGUAAAGGAUAUCCAACACAAAACAUUAUGGCCGCAUGUGACUUUGAUAUGUGCUUCACGUUCGUGUUAUCGGGAUGGGAAGGAAGUGCGCACGACACAAGAAUUUUUUAUGAUUGUAUAAGAAAUCCUGCGUUAAAUUUUCCAACACCACAAGGAGGCGACCAAAUUUCUUGCCUUCAGAUCGAGGAGUAGAAACUACAGCACCUAACGGCAACCAUGGCAGUAGGGUCCAACGUGAUGAUCGUAACAUGGACACUGUAAGGGCAUCUAUGCGAGAUUUCAUUGUGAAAAACAAUAUACGUUAGGUCACCUCGACACUUUGGAGGUUGUGUAAUGUUGUUGAACCUGUGUGUUUGUUUUUUUCGCUGUGCUUUUUUUUUUCAUUUUGCUUGUAGGCGUGG